GCUCUCAGACGGGCCAGCUGACCGGGCUUUGGGGCGCGUGCCCUGAGGCGCGGGGCGCUAGUGCAGCGAUGCGGGGCCUCCCCGGGGCCCCGUCCCCCGGGCUGGGGACACGCCGAAUGUGACCGUAUCCCGUUCUCUCAGCCACUGCCGCCGCUGCACGUCAGGACCCGGCGCGGCCGGGCUCCCUCAGGCUUUGUCUUUCUGUUCCAGGCUUCCCCCACCCCAGCCAUUGUUCAGCUUUAGCCUGUGAUAACCACUUUGCUAUGAUAGCCGUGUGGCAGUUGUGCCAUUAGCUUCCCACUGCACCUGUACAGAGUAGAAGGCUUUUUUUUUUUUCAACUGUAAGCCUGACCUACUUGGCCAUCUGCUGACUUCUCUAGUGCCCUUGUAUAGCCUGAAUGUCAUCAUUUUUUAGGGUUUAAAUAUUGUUUCAACUGCAUCAAUGGAGCACAUACAGGGAGCUUGGAAGACGAUCAGCAAUGGUUUUGGACUCAAAGACGCGGUGUUUGAUGGCUCUAGCUGCAUCUCCCCUACAAUUGUUCAGCAGUUUGGCUAUCAGCGCCGGGCCUCAGAUGAUGGCAAACUCACGGAUUCUUCUAAGACAAGCAAUACUAUCCGAGUUUUCUUGCCGAAUAAGCAGAGGACGGUGGUCAAUGUGCGUAAUGGAAUGAGCUUGCAUGACUGCCUUAUGAAAGCUCUCAAGGUGAGAGGCCUGCAGCCGGAGUGCUGUGCAGUGUUCAGGCUUCUCCAGGAACACAAAGGUAAGAAAGCACGCUUAGAUUGGAACACCGAUGCUGCCUCUCUGAUUGGAGAAGAACUGCAGGUGGAUUUCUUGGAUCAUGUUCCACUCACAACUCACAACUUUGCUCGGAAAACGUUCCUGAAGCUUGCAUUCUGUGACAUCUGUCAGAAGUUCCUGCUAAAUGGAUUUCGAUGUCAGACUUGUGGCUACAAGUUUCACGAGCACUGUAGCACCAAAGUACCUACUAUGUGUGUGGACUGGAGUAAUAUCAGACAGCUCUUGCUGUUCCCAAAUUCCAAUGUUGGUGAUAGUGGAGUCCCAGCACUACCUCCCUUGACAGUGCGUCGGAUGCGAGAGUCUGUGUCCCGAAUGCCUGCUAGUUCCCAGCACAGAUACUCCACACCCCAUGCCUUCACUUUCAACACCUCCAGCCCUUCCUCUGAAGGUUCCCUGUCCCAGAGGCAGAGGUCAACGUCCACUCCCAAUGUCCAUAUGGUCAGCACCACCCUGCCUGUGGACAGCAGGAUGAUUGAGAAUAACAGCCUGAAUGCUUCUCCCAGGGCGUGCUCCAGACGAUUUUGUCUGAGGGGAAGAGAUGCCAUUCGGAGUCACAGUGAAUCAGCCUCACCAUCAGCCCUGUCUAGCAGCCCCAACAACCUGAGCCCGACAGGCUGGUCACAGCCCAAAACCCCUGUGCCAGCACAAAGAGAGCGGGCACCAGGAGGAUCUGGGACCCAGGAAAAAAACAAAAUUAGGCCUCGUGGACAGAGAGAUUCAAGCUAUUAUUGGGAAAUAGAAGCCAGUGAGGUGAUGCUGUCCACUCGGAUUGGGUCGGGCUCCUUUGGCACUGUGUACAAGGGCAAGUGGCACGGAGAUGUUGCAGUAAAAAUCCUAAAGGUGGUUGACCCAACCCCAGAGCAGCUCCAGGCCUUCAGGAACGAGGUGGCUGUCUUGCGCAAAACACGGCAUGUUAAUAUUCUGCUGUUCAUGGGGUACAUGACAAAGGACAACCUGGCGAUCGUGACCCAGUGGUGUGAGGGCAGCAGUCUCUAUAAACACCUGCAUGUCCAGGAGACCAAAUUCCAGAUGUUCCAGCUAAUUGACAUUGCCCGACAGACAGCUCAGGGAAUGGACUAUUUGCAUGCAAAGAAUAUCAUCCACAGAGACAUGAAAUCCAACAAUAUAUUUCUCCAUGAAGGACUCACGGUGAAAAUUGGAGAUUUUGGUUUGGCGACAGUGAAGUCACGCUGGAGUGGUUCUCAGCAGGUUGAACAGCCCACUGGCUCUGUGCUGUGGAUGGCUCCAGAAGUAAUCAGAAUGCAAGAUAACAACCCGUUCAGCUUCCAGUCUGACGUCUACUCCUAUGGCAUUGUGCUGUACGAGCUGAUGACUGGGGAGCUUCCCUACUCCCACAUCAACAACCGAGACCAGAUCAUCUUCAUGGUGGGCCGUGGAUAUGCCUCUCCAGAUCUUAGCAGGCUCUACAAGAACUGUCCCAAGGCAAUGAAGAGGUUGGUGGCCGACUGUGUGAAGAAAGUAAAAGAAGAGAGGCCUCUGUUUCCCCAGAUCCUGUCUUCCAUCGAGCUGCUUCAGCACUCUCUGCCAAAAAUCAACAGGAGCGCCUCUGAGCCUUCCCUGCAUCGGGCAGCCCACACCGAGGACAUCAAUGCUUGCACGCUGACCACAUCCCCGAGGCUACCAGUCUUCUAGCU